GCGUGGCCUCGUGAAGCAACCUGCCCUCUAUGGGUCAGCCCCCGCCCCGCCCCGGGAACUUUGGACUUUGCUCCCCCCCCCCACCCACCACCCCCGGUCCCGUCUGGGUGCCCAUCCCGGGAUGGACGUGCUGCGGGCGGUGGCCCGUCGGGCCUGGUCCCCCCCGUCCCCGCAGCCGCGGCCUUUCUGGGUGUGCGACCGGCGGCGGGGGCGGCCCCGGGGGUUGGUGGCCGCCAGCCUGGAGGAGCUGCGGGAGCAGGCGGGGGAGGCGCUGAGCCUGGGGCCGCUCGUGACGCUGGUGCUGGCGGAGGACGGGACGGCCGUGGAGACCGAGGGGUUUUUUGGGGCGCUGGCACCCCACACCCCCCUCAUGGCCCUGGCGCCGGGGCAGCGCUGGGAGCCCCCCAAGGCCAGGCUGUUCAGGGAGCAGUGGGAGCCCGAAGCCCCCCGGGCGCAGGGGUCCCACCCCCGGGACGAGGUGGCCCGGGUGACGGUGGCCCUGGCCAAGGCGAGUCCCCACGACCUGGUGGGGCAGCUGCGGGUGACGGCGGCCGUGAGGGGCCUCCGCUGCGACGUGGGGGGGCUGGGCCCCGAGCGGCUCCUCAGGGAGCUGCUGCGGCUGCUGGCGGCCAUGACGCGCGCCGUGGGGCAGAGCCUCCUGAGCCUCUCCGCUGCCCUCCGGCGCCUCUUGGACAGCCCUCCGCCCCACGGGGUCACCUAUGACCGCUAAGCCCCGCCCCCUGACCCCUGACCCCACCCCCUGACCCCUGACCCCACCCCCUGACCCCUGACCCCACCC